AAAUAGCCUUUGAGCUUAGUUUUCAGUUAAUGUACUUAAAAGAAUAAGAUAAAUCUUUUAUUACGUUUGGAUUUUUACAUAUCGCAAUAAUCGACUUUGUAAAAUAUUCUAAUAAGAAAGUGUCGACGACUCUCUAUGAACAUAAUGAUCGCCUCAUUGUAGCAUUGUAUGCAAAGUACAUAUUUUGCACAAUGGAAACGUUAAGCAAUCAGAAUAGAAUAGUCAAGAUAUCUGAGCCGAUAUUAGCGGAAGACAGUACAUCUUCUACGCUUUCGUUAUCCUUGCGUGCGGUCUUAGAACAAUUGAACAACAAAAAUGUUACACACCAUGAUUACCUUGUCGCCUUGCUACUCGUUUUUUUAGCAGAAUCUGGAUUUUAUGUGUCACCCACUUCUGAUUCUGCUGAUAAGUCUUCAGAAUCAUGGGCUUCCUUUGAAAAUUUUGAAAAGAAAGGCAAAACAAAAUAUUGGAAUACAAGAUUAGUCUACGUACCAAGUAAUUGGAAAUCCCAAAGUUCAGGCCUAUAUGAAGUACGUUUUGUAUUACUUAGGUCAGGUGUUCAAUCAAAAUUAAUUGUUAAACCUAUGGGUGAUAAAUUAAUCCUGAAUAUGUACCCAUAUAUAAAAAACAAGAAGAUUUAUAGCAUGAUAAUAAAGACUUUAAUGUAUGUGAAUCCGUACACGGCUAGACUAUGUAAUCGAUAUAGGAAUCUGAAGAACAUAUCACAUAGGUUUAAGAAUGAUAUGGCCACUCCUAUGCGAACAGAUAUAUUUUAUUCAUUGAGGCUAACAAAUCCCAGUCUUCAGGGCUUACCAUCGGAGCUUCUAAUACAAAUCAUACAAUUUUUGACUGAUAAAGACUGUAAAUAUCUGACAGUUGCUUUACGUACAUUUUAAUAAUUUUAUUCCAAAGAUAAGCACAGUACUUGUUUUAUAAUAAAAUAAAAUAUAUUUCUAAGAAAUAUAUCAAACAUCAGAGUUUAAAUGUAAUAUAAAUGUUACGUAUCCAUGUGG